UCCUCCAAAAUCCUCACACUUUCUCCACACUCCGCCGCAGAGAGAGAGAGCCUUCGGAGCUUGCAGAGAUGAAGACCAUUCUGUCGUCGGAGACCAUGGACAUCCCCGACGGGGUGAAGAUCAAGGUCCACGCGAAGAUCAUCGAGGUGGAAGGCCCACGCGGCAAGCUCGUCCGCAACUUCAAGCAUCUCAAUCUGGACUUCCAGCUCAUUAAGGACGAGGAGACUGGGCAGCGCAAGCUCAAGAUCGAGGCCUGGUUCGGCACUCGCAAGACCAGCGCCGCCAUCAGGACUGCUCUCUCGCACGUCGAGAAUCUCAUCACCGGCGUCACCAAGGGGUACAGGUACAAGAUGAGGUUCGUGUAUGCUCAUUUUCCGAUCAACGCUUCGAUUACCAGCGGAGCUAAGGCGAUUGAGAUCAGGAACUUUCUCGGUGAGAAGAAGGUGAGGAAGGUCGAAAUGCUUGAUGGUGUACAAAUCACCAGAUCUGAGAAGGUAAAGGAUGAGCUGAUAUUGGACGGCAAUGACAUUGAACUUGUUUCUAGGUCUUGUGCUCUGAUCAACCAGAAAUGCCAUGUCAAGAACAAGGAUAUCAGGAAGUUUCUUGAUGGUAUCUAUGUUAGCGAGAGGGGAACCAUCACUACUGAGGAAUGAAGACUGAAUUUUUCUUUUGUGGUUCUGUUGAAGUAGUUUACUUUACUGUCAUGGAUUUUGUUAGUUUUCCUAAUGUUGCAAAGUUUAUGGACGACCUUAAAAUCUUGUUUCACCUCGGAUCGAUAAUGAUGUGUUUUGAAAGUAAUAUUUUGUCAGAUGUUUGGUGAUUUUAAUAUCUACUGUUUCGUGUUGUUAUGAAUGCCAGUUUUUUGGGACAAUUAUGGUGUGCUGCGUUUAGUUAUUAGCUGUCUUGCUUUUGUAUAUGUGAUACCAAAUCUUUUGGUGCAAUGGAAAUGGUUUGCAUGCACCUGUGUUAUAGAAAGCCAAUUGCGCCCACUUUUCGUGC